CUUUCUGUAGGAAAGCAGAUUCCAGCCGGCCUGGGACCCACAUGAUAUCUGCAGAUGAUGCUGAAUACCCUAGGGAAUACCGAACCCUUGGGAAUGGGACGCGGCGCUUCUCCAACGUGGGCCUGGUUCACACCUCGGAACGCCGCCAUACCGUGAUUGCAGCCCAGAGCCUUGAGACACUAACUGGGCUGCAGAAGUCUGAGAUGGAGAGAAAGAGGGAUGCCUUCAUGGACCACCUUAAGAAUAAAUAUCCCCAACAUGCUAUAGCUAUCCGAGGUCAGCAGGAGAGGAUUCGAGACCAGUUGCUCCAAGGCGCCUCACCUCUCCUGCUUGCAGGGACUUCAUGCAACCCUGAUGCCUUGAUGUAUAGGGAUACACAGGAGAAUGCUGUGCCUGUGUGCCUAGAUAAUCCAUCAUCGACAAGAAGCUCGCGACAUUCACAGAGCUCUCAGCCUGGUCUUGCAGACCAAGCAGCCAAAUUAUCCUUUGCCUCUGCCGAAUCACUGGAGACCAUGUCGGAAGCUGAGCUACCACUCGGAUUCAACAGGAUGAACCGAUUCCGCCAGAGUCUACCUCUGUCCCGUUCCACCAGCCAAACCAAACUGCGCUCACCAGGUGUCCUGUUCUUACAAUACGGAGAUGAAACAAGGCGUGUGCAUAUCACCCAUGAAAUCACCAGCAUGGAUACACUACAUGCACUCAUUGUGCACAUGUUCCAGCAGAAGCUCACCAUGGGAAUGCUUAAAUCCCAUAACACGGCCAUACUCAUUAAGGACGAGUCCCGCAAUGUCUUUUAUGAGCUGGAGGAUGUCAGAGACAUCCAGGACAGAAGUAUUAUAAAGAUCUACAGGAAGGAGCCCCUUUAUUCCUCGUUUCCUGCUCCUCAUAUUACCAACGGAGAUGUGAGAAGAGAGAUGAUGUACAGUUCCAGAGAUUCCUCUCCAACACGUCGCUUGAACACCAUGUCGCCGGCUUCCCAUUUGACUUCAGGGUCACCACCUCCUGUACUCCAGUCCUCCUCUCCAGCUCGUUCUCGUAUGUCCUACAGUGGCGGAAGACCCCCCUCUUAUGCAGGCAGCCCAGUGCACCAUGGAGAGAGAAUGUCUGGUCUGCCCCCUGCUCAAGGGGUCUCCCCCAGCCCCAGUGCCAUUUUAGAACGGAGGGACGUCAAGCCAGAUGAGGAUCUUAGUAACAAGAAUGUGGUACUAGUGAAAAAUGAGGGGCUUUAUGCAGACCCCUAUGGAAUGGUCCAUGAAGGCAGACUUAGCAUUACUUCUACCCAGUCCCUUGCUGGUUUAGGAGACCCCUUCGCAUACCCCGGAGGUCUGUACAAGCGAGGGUCAGUACGGUCACUGAGCACAUACUCAGCUGCUGCUCUUCAAACAGACCUAGAAGAUGGAAUGUACAAACCUAACUCUCAUAUCUAUGGUGAAACAUAUGCUCCUGGACUGGGUUUCAGAAUGCCACCAUCUUCCCCCCAAAAGGUGACUGAUGGAAGGUUGGUAGAUGUCCAACAGAGUCAGGGUCCACACAGCCCCUACUCGGGAACCUCCAGCCGAUCUUCUCCUGUACGUCAGAACUUCCGCAAAGACUCUUCCUCAUCAGUAUUUAUGGACAGUCCUGUUAGUAAGCAACGAAACCACAGCUCUUCCUCCGGUAAUAAUGAAAUAUUUCCAGGACCUGGUGAAAGGCCUCUUUCUGGGUUUGGCUCCCCAGUUCCUGCCAAGGAUUCAGAAACAAGGGAACGAAUGGAAGCAAUGGAAAAGCAGAUUGCCAGUCUAACCGGGCUUGUACAGAGCGCCCUUAUGCGGGGAUCUGAUGACAACCCAAGUGAGAAGCCUGAAACAGUUAAUGGCGGAGCGUCAAGUAUAUCAGCAGCUGGUUAUCAAAGUGCAGGGACCCCCUUGUCCACCCCCACUGCAGGGUCCAGCAGAACCCCAGCCGACCAGAGCAAGGCCAUCAACCGCCUACACAUGCAGCUACACCUCCAGGAUCUGCAGCACAAUGCCAGCGAGCUGAGAAACCAACUGCAGCAACUGAAGAAACUGCAGCUCCAGAACCAGGAUCUGGUACGGUCCAUGCUGAAGCGCACCGAGACCGAAAUCAGCGUGAGAGUGACAGACACCAUGCGCAAGCAAGAAGACCCCUUACAGAGACAGCGUGCAAUGGUGGAGGAGGAGAGGCUAAAAUAUCUGAAUGAAGAGGAAUUUAUCACCCACCAGUUAAAUGACCUGGAGAAGUCGGUGGAGAAAAUAAAGAAGGAUCUGACACACAACCGCCACCUGAUCUCAGUGCGGGAGCUGGAAGAGAAAGCUGUGGUUCUGCGGCAGCUUGGGGAGACACUGACUGAACUGAAAGCUCAAUUCCCAAGCUUGCAGAGCAAAAUGCGCGUGGUUCUGCGUGUGGAGGUGGAAGCUGUGAAAUUCCUAAAGGAGGAGCCCCAGCGUCUCGAUGGACUGUUGAAGAGAUGCAAGAACGUCACAGACACUCUCGCUCAGAUACGCAAGCAAGUAGACGAAGGGGUUUGGAAUACCCCAGAGAACCUGCACAAUCAGUCCUCUAAGCAAAUUACAUCCGAUAGCAAUUUCCCAAAGAGCACAGUGUUUGAGCUGCCGUCCAGCCCUCCAACCAACUUCCAUGAAGCUCAGAGCCAAAGCUGGGAGUCAGUGUGUCGCAGUGAAGGCGGCAGCCAUAACACAAACCCCACCAAGGGGGAGAUGGUGACUGUGAAGACCCAGACUGUUCCCGAGACCCAGAGCAAGAGGGCUGGAGCAGAGAAAUCCGUGUCGGUGGAGGCAGCCGAACGAGACUGGGAGGAGAAACGAGCAGCACUGACCCAGUACAGUGCCAAGGAUAUCAAUCGUCUACUGGAAGAAACCCAGGCAGAGUUAAUGAAAGCUAUCCCUGACCUGGACUUUGCAGCCAAACACAAAACUGCCGGAAGUGCACCAUCCACCCCAGAACACCGAAUGAGCAAACCGCAACCGGCACAGAAGCUCAGCACCAAGAUAGACCCCAACGGGAGGAGGGGCUCUGACGAGCUGACAGUGCCCAGGUACCGCACUGAGAAGCCAUCAAAGUCUCCUCCUCCCCCUCCUCCACGUCGCAGCUUCCCUUCUUCCCAUGGACUCACCACCACUAGAACAGGAGAAGUGAUUGUCACCAGCAAAAAGGAGGCUGGACUUAUCAAGAAGUCAGAGUCUGAAGAAAUGGAGACCCAAAAGCCUCAGGUGAAGCUGCGUCGGACUGUGUCGGAAGUUGUGCGCCCUGCCUCUACCCCACCUAUCAUUGCCUCUGGUAUCAAGGAUGAUGAUGAUGAAGAUAGGAUCAUUGCAGAACUGGAGGUGUUUCAGAGAAGCCCUGGCUCCCCGUUUACCCCCCAGUUCCAUGGUGACCACACUACGGCAUCCCAAGUGUUGCCACGUCCAGCACAUCUGUGGUCUAAUGGGGCCACGGUAACUUCCAGAGGAUGGCAGAGUGGAGGUGUCUCUAUCCCUCCCAUGAAGAUGGUAAACCCGGUGGGUUCCCGGCUGAAAGGCACCCAGCAGAGCGGCGGAGACAAGAGUAACAAGCACUCCAAGCAGAGGAUGGAGUACAUGAGGAUCCAGGGCCACCAGCAGCAGUGAAAAAUCUGAUAACCAAAGGGCUGGAUACAUGGAAUGGAGAAAGAAAGACUUUAUAGGGGACCACCAACUUGUUCCACUGUGCCCUUAUAUCUCCCCAGGCCUGACUGUUACCACAACCUGCAGCUCCUCCAUGUUCCACGUGUAAAUAGGAAUCUCCGCAAGCUAUGGUUUUACCUGAUGUCACUUUGUUUUUAGUUCCGCUAUUUAAUUCUCAGUCCUGUGGGUUCCUGUGAAAGUCUGGAGGUGUCAGAAUGAUCUUCUCUGUGUGUCACGUUGUUAGCAAUAAGCAAAAAAACUCCCCUCCCUGAGAGUAGAUGGAGCUUCUCCACUACACAACCACCCGUUCAUUUGUCUUUGGUGGUAGCACAAGUGCUUAGCACAGACUGAGUGCAAUUUCCCUCGCUGCCUGGGGGAGAUCCCACAAAGCUCCGAGGGGAAGGAAGGAAGAGGUGACUUCUGUGUUAUUAGACUUAUGGUAUUAUAUGAUCACUCCUAGAGUGAGAAAUGCCAAGACCAGUGACGUGAGGAUCUGUCCCGGACAUUAACAACACUGUUACCCCAGUCAAGCAAUAGGUGCCCUCUGCCCAACCCCGACAGGAACAGGAUAUGGACAUCAUGGCACUGGGUUUUCUGGACACUUUACCAAUCGGGACAGAGGCCGGGAAAAAACAAACAGCUUUGCAGGGUGUUUUUCCUUGUAGGUACUCCUGUUUGUACAGGAGGGAGAAUGGGGACCCCCCCCCCUUGUAAUAUUGUAUAAUAUAAGCACAGAUACUAGUAUCACUAUAUCCGUGGCGUGUGUGUGUGUCCUGGCAAACUGUGUGUCAUGGAGUGGAUGUUCCAUGGACAGGGGAGACUUCUGCAGAGCAAAAUAUCACUACACGUAAUCACUUUGGUUCCGUCCGUCCUCUGAUCACUUUCCGCCAAUAGUCACUCCUUUUUUUUUUUUUUGUAAACGAACCAUUUUUGUACAGGCAGAGGCUGAGUUUAUAUAAAGGAAAUAAAACAACCCGCACUGUCAUUAUUCUGAAUGGCAAAGAGGCUCUUUACAUUCAGUCAAGUGUCUUACAUUUUCUAUUGAUUUAUGAAAAUAGAUAUAUACAUAUUAUAUAUAUAAAAUAAAUGCCUAAUAUAAAUAUA